AUGAACCCUCUUUUUCUGCCAGCUCAUAUUUCAGCUUUGAUCACUUUAUUGUUUUUUCAUGUGCAAGGAUCAAAACUAGGAUCUAGUGCAAAGCCUGGUUGCCAACAAAAAUGUGGUAAUUUAACCAUUCCUUACCCAUUUGGCAUUGGAAAAGGAUGUUGCUUUGCUGAAGAAUUCGAAGUCGCAUGCAAUGAUUCCAGAAUUGCAAAUCUACCAUAUUUUGAAGGAACUGUGGUGUAUCAGAUCUCAGAAGAUAGUUUUGGAAUAAUGGGACAAGCUCUUUCUUUCACUUAUAAUAGAUCUUCAGGAAAGAACUUGCAAAAUGAGGCUCCUGGAGAAGAUUUUCUCGGUCCUCACUUCAGUUUUUCUCACACCAGAAACAAAUUCGUUGCAAUUGGUUGUGAUAUCUUUGCAUAUUUGACUGAUGCAAAAACUAACGAAUUUGUUACAGGGUGUGCAGCCCUCGGGAACAGCUCAGAUAUUAGUCCCUCAGCGUCUUCAUCCCCAUGCUCUGGCGUAGGUUGUUGUCAGGCUAGUCUUCCAAAAGAUCUCACAGAUUCCAAGUCAUUUUUACAUACUAUAAACACUAGGGCUAUGUCCUGGUCAUCCAAUUCUAGUCGAUGUGGAUUUUUGAUUCUUGCAGCUAAGGAAUUCUCAGAUUUUGGCAAAUUUAAUAUGUCUAAGUGCGAUGAAACUUAUCAAGUGCCAAUUGUGCUCGACUGGUCAAUUGGAAAUUUAAGUUGUCAAGAAGCAAAGAAAAGAACAGAUUAUGCAUGUCAUGAUAAUAGUUACUGUGUUAAUUCUACUCGGGGCGUUGGAUAUCAGUGUCGCUGCUCUCCUGGAUAUGAAGGAAACCCUUAUCUUCCCAACGGAUGUGAAGAUGUUGAUGAAUGUGAAACUCAAGAAAGUAAUAACUGUCCCAUGGAAGCACUUUGUUUGAAUACCCCUGGCGGCUAUCUUUGCACUUGCUUCCCGGGAUACAAGAGUGAUAGAAAACACAUUGGCAAACUAGUUUGCGUACCAGAACGAAGGAAUCGCAUCAUUGUUUUGUCCAUUGAAUUAGGUAUUGGGCUCACUUUCAGUCUUCUAAUGAUUAUCCUCAUUGCUACCCUGUUGUAUCACAAGCUAAGGAAGAAAAAAGACGAAAUCAGAAAGAAGAAUUUUUUUAGGAGGAACGGUGGUUUGUUACUAAAGCAGCAAAUGUCUUCGAGCAGAGGAAGCAUUUCAGAGACAAAGAUUUUUACCAAAGAAGAAUUAUACAAGGCUACCAAUAAUUUCAGUGAAAAUCGGGUUCUUGGAAAAGGUGGGCUUGGUACAGUCUACAAGGGAAUGUUAUUAGAUGGAAGCAUAGUGGCAGUAAAAAAAUCCAACAAGGUUAAUGAGGAUCAAAUUGUUCAGUUUAUAAAUGAAGUUUCCAUACUCUCACAAGUAAACCACAGGCAUAUAGUAAAAUUGUUAGGCUGCUGCCUAGAAACUGAAGUUCCAUUGCUCGUUUAUGAAUAUGUUUCCAACGGCACCCUCUCAAACCAUUUGCAUGACGAGUCAAAUGUCAGAACAAUUUCUUGGGAGAAUCGCUUACGCAUUGCUGGAGAAUCUGCAGGAGCAUUGGCUUAUAUGCAUUCUCAUGCCUCGACAGCCAUCUUCCAUAGAGAUAUAAAGUCGAGCAACAUAUUGUUAGAUGAAAAUUUCAGAGCUGUAAUCUCAGAUUUCGGACUUUCAAGAUCAGUACCUACAGACAAGAGUCACUUGACUACAUUAGUAGGUGGCACAUUUGGUUACUUGGAUCCGGAGUACUUGAUGACUGGACAACUCAAUGAUAGAAGCGAUGUGUAUGCAUUUGGAGUGGUUCUGGCUGAAUUGUUAACAGGCCAAAAGGCAGUUUCUUCUGAUAAAGAAAAUGAAGGCUUGGUUAUACAGUUCCAGUCAUCGAUGAACGAAGGUCGAUUGUUCAACAUUCUAGACGGCACAGUUUCUACUGAAGGUCAACAUGAGGAGAUUACUGUUGUGGCUAUGCUUGCCAAGAAAUGUAUGGAACUGAAUUCACGAAAUAGGCCAACCAUGAAAGAAGUAGCUGUAGAACUUGACAAACUUAUGAUGGCGAGAAAGAGUUUGGUAGAUGAAAAGACAGUUCAUGAAGAUGAUGGUUGCUUAGUUGGUCAAAGCUCCUAUUGCUGCAAAACUGAUAUAAUCCCAGAAGGAAAUGAAGAGUAUCUAUAUAGUUUUUAG